AUGCCUCGACCGGGGAGAAACACCUAUAGCGACCAGAAACCCCCGUAUUCCUACAUCUCCCUUACUGCCAUGGCAAUCCAGAGCUGUCCGGAGAAGAUGCUUCCGCUUAGCGAAAUUUACAAGUUUAUUAUGGACAGAUUUCCUUACUACAGAGAAAACACUCAGCGUUGGCAAAAUUCUCUGCGACAUAAUCUGUCAUUUAACGACUGUUUCAUUAAAAUCCCACGUCGCCCUGACCAGCCGGGCAAAGGGAGCUUUUGGGCGCUCCAUCCCAACUGCGGAGACAUGUUUGAGAAUGGAAGUUUCUUAAGGCGCCGAAAACGGUUCAAGGUGAUGACAUCAGAUCAUUUGGCACCAAGCAAGCCGUCAGACGCUGCCCAUUACCUACAACAACAUGCUAAAUUGAGGCUUAGUGCAUUGGCUGCUACGGGCACACAUCUCCCACAGAUGUCCAGCUACAACUUAGGAGUGUCGCAACCGUCAACUUUCAAGCAUCCUUUCGCCAUUGAGAACAUCAUAGCCAGAGAGUAUAAGGUACCAGGCUCACUCGCGUUCUCUACCAUGCAGUCCAUGUCUGCCGGCUACCCGCUGCACAACCAGCUGACCACAGCAUGGCCUCAUAUGUACAGCACCAGCGUGAUCGAUACGGCGGCCCCCAUUUCAAUGGCAAGUAGUGAUUACAGUGCUUACGGCGUCCCUAUCAAAUCUCUUUGUCACGGAGGGCAGACCUUACCAGCUAUCCCUGUGCCAAUCAAACCAACCCCAGCGACGGUGCCUGGUCUAUCGGCUCUGCCUCCACACAUUCCUGCGUUCCUCUCGAACUCUCCACAGUCUCUGAGUCCAACAUCCCCUCAGACAGCAACCAGCCAAAGUAGCCCCGCCACCCCGAGCGAGACACUUACAAACCCCUCCACACUGCAGUCAGUGGCUGUGCACUGA